AUGCUGCAAAGCACUUUGACUCGACUGAUACUUGCUUCAUGCAAUGACUCCUCGGUUACUCUUCGAGACUGGGGUGGCCUGACCUCGCUGAUUCUUCUACUUUCUGCUUUGGUCUACAAAAUAGUACGCAUGUCGAUGGUAUCUUCCAUGGCAUCUUCGCCCGGAAGAGACAAGUCUCCUCCACACUUGCAAUUGCCUGCUUGGAAGGUUACCCAGCUGUUCUUUGAGAAGAGAUUUGAUUUCAUCAAGGAUGGCUUCAGGGCUACAUCAUCAUUCAUCUACCAGACCAAGCUGUUCCGACACGAUGCCAUCGUUCUUUCCGGUGAUGAAGGCAGACAGACCUUCUUCAAGGAGAAGGGUCUCUGUUUAUACGAUACAUUUUCAAUUAUGAUGGGCAGUGGCGCUUCUCAAUUUGACCCCCACAAAGUCAGUGACAUAGUCAGACGAAUGGCUUCGAUUCAACGACCUGAUAACCUCCAGAAAUUGAUUCCAAUCAUUCUCUCAGAAUGCCAUCGUAACAUGGAGGCAUGGGGUAAAGAGCGUAUUCUCGACCCCUGUUCUUCUCUUCACGAGGUCACUUUUCAACUGGUCAUGCGCAUUGCGUCCUUUGAUAUCGCCAAUGAUCCAGUGCUUUCAGCUCAUCUCAAGUCACUUGUCGAUACUGUCGACUCUAUCGAUAACCCAUACUCAACCUGGUUUCCUUGGCUACCUGGCCCAGCCUUAUUCCAGAAGUUCUUUGCUUCUGUUCGAAUUUACCGAAUCGUUCAAGCAGCCAUUAACAACAGGAAGAUGAGUGGAAUCAAGAGAGACGAUAUGCUGCAGCAGAUGCUUGAUGAGGGAGAUGGUACUGUUCAAAUCUUCGGGUUUAUGCUAGGAAUAUCUCUAGCUGGAGCUCGUGCCACCGGAACAAUCGUAACAUGGCUGAUCAUGCAAAUCUGCUCGGACCCAGCUUGGUCCUCAAAUGUUCAAGAGGAGAUCAAGGCCUUUAUCUCUACUCACGCAUCUUCAGCCUCUCUCUCUGGGAACGCCCUCAUUCAAGCCCUCUCGGAAAUCCCACUCGCAGACUGGGAAUCCCAAACACCCAAUCUCGACCUCUGCAUCCGUGAAACACUGCGCACCUCACAGCCAUACACAGCAGUGCGAAAGAAUACAGGCCCAGACCUUGCAGUCGGCCCAUACGUCAUCCCCUCGGGAUCUCUCGUUGUGUACCCAUUUUCGGAUACAGCGCUCAACCCGAAGUACUACCCCAACCCAAAUCGCUGGGAUCCAUCUCGCGUGAUUGGAAAGGAGACACCGUUUAUUGGCUGGGGUGGGGGAAAGCAUGCCUGCAAAGGCCAGCGGCUUGCUACGUUGAGUAUGAAGCUCGUGGUUGCUUAUGCUUUUAUGCGGUUUGAUAUCACGAUGGUUGAUAGGCAGGGCCAAAAGAUGAAUCGUGUUCCCCUUCCCGAGUGGAACGAUUCUGCGACUUGCCGCCCAAAGGAGGAAUGCGGACUCAAGUUUGUUGAGAAGUAG